CUUCGAUUACCUCGAAGGUCUAGAAUAUUUGGGCAUUCAUGAAAUAAACCUCAGAUAAACCGGACUACUGAGCGCCCGCAACAGGGAGAUUGCCCAUGCAUUAAACAAAACCUUGUGGAUGGGUUGGUUAUGUUAAUGUUUCACGCCUAUACAUGUUUUUCUCUUAUCACACCCCACCUACGUGGCUUGAAUAUACUCGAUCUUACCCCUCCUCACUUGUUUCCCUAGACACCUGCGUGCCAUCUUUUACCACUCAACUCAGCCAGUAUCGGCAUAGGAAUGUUGGUAACUUGGGCUUAGUCCCACAAUGCACGCCCAUCCGACUGCUUGGUAUACACCUGUAGGCCAGGUGUGUCGUUCCGCGCUACUACAUUCAUUCUAUCAAAAGUCUACGGCUUGUCGCAAUGACGGGGUACAGCUCCGAGGAUGAAGGACCUCAUGAUCCGCAGUCGGACGUAGUUUCCCGGUGGGCACAAUCCGAUCUGGAACCCGCGAGAGAGGACAAGGAAGGUGCCUUGAAGAGCGACUUUAUCGAUCAAAUGCCACCGGUUUCGGCAUUAAGACUACUCUGCGUUUAUAUCGAGCUGCUUGUUAAGCAGACUAUUGACGAACUGGACGACUGCCGGGUAGAUGCUUCGUCCCUAGCCAAGGACAGGGCUCCAGGUGAUAGCGUGUCCAGUGGGGAAGCCACCCCCGUAGGCGGCACCGAGAUACAUUGCUACCCUGCAGGCUAUAAUGAUGCAGGACGCGAUCUUAUCCAAUUGGGCAUACUUUCCAAAAGAUUUCUCUCAAAGCGCGUGCCUUCGAUCACAUUAAAAGACUACCUCCUACGGCUUCAUCGCUACUGCCCAAUGUCAACAGCCGUCUAUCUCGCUACAAGCAUGUACCUUACCCGAAUGGUGACUGUUGAGAGAACUAUAUCACUGAACCAUAGGAACAUGCAUCGUCUAGUCCUUGCUGGUCUUCGAGUAGCCAUGAAAACGCUGGAAGAUCUUAGUUAUCCUCAUAGCCGUAUUGCGAAGGUUGGUGGAGUGACUGAACGCGAACUUUCGAAGCUCGAGAUUAGCUUUUGCUUUCUGGUUGAUUUUGAGUUGCGAGUCGAUCUUUAUAUGCUCACCAAUCAGGCAAGGGCUCUCGUGGAGAAUGCUGGCUAUCACAGUGAUGUUGCCAGUUAAUAUACUACUUUCGCCUGUGGUCAAGAUAAUGCCACCAACUCCAUGUAUGAAAUUUGCUGUUUACUGUAUGUAGGCUGAUGGCUUUCAGGAUGUCCAUGGUAUCUCCUCUCUUCUGUCUCUUUUAUGUUGUAUGGUCAACCUAUGCGAAUAUUCCAUGCGAUACACAUUGAUCCAGGUAGCAUCACAAUGUGGCUGCCUAAUUCAACCAAUAUCGUUUUUCUUUCCACCAUAUCUGACGGCUGAGUAAUCCGGUUUUGUUAUAUCUAGCUAGUUAAUGGGUUCAAAACCAACUCUAC